UUAUCUGAGGGAGCUGGUGUGCUACUACAAGACCCACUGAAUGUAUCUGUUGGGGAAGUGAGCAUGCUGGACACAUAUGAACCAGUCUCCAAUGUAGUAGUAACUCCACAGAAUUUGGAGUUGAUUGAAUUCCACAGACCUGGUAGUCUGUCUUGCUCCUCCUCUGGAUCAUCUCUCACCUUCGCCUGGAUGAAUGGCAGCUCUCAGAUUACAGCGGGUGGUGGACUUCAGAUCACUGAUGGAGGAUCCACUCUGACUUUCUCCGGUAUCUCCCGCUAUCACCAUGGUACAUAUAGGUGCCGUGUUUCCAAUCCUGUGAGUUCUGGCAUCAGCGAUCCAGUUAGCGUCUUUGUGAGCUGUGAGUAG